AUGCGUACACGAUUAUAUACUCUCCGGAUAUGCAUGGAUACAAAGAAACGAAAUAGAAAUCAACGAUGCAAUAAUGUUCUUGGCGUUGUGUGGAAUUUCUUUUCUUUUCGCUUUUUCUACGAAUAUUUUUAUUUAUUUAUUUUAUUUGGUCUUUCAUUUCAUGUCUUUUCUUUCUUUCUUUCUUUCUUUCUUUCUUUCUUUUUUUUUACUGAACGAUUCAAAAAGAAGAGAGAAAAAAAGAGAAGGGUUUCUUUUGUCAUACUGUUCUUUGUUCUUUUAUCCUUUUUUUCCCUUUUCUUUUUUCCUCUUCUUUUUUUCCUCUUCUUUUUUCCUUUUCUUUAUUCUUUUUCUCUUUUACCAUUUCUUUUUUUUUUCUUUUUCGUUUUCUUCCUGUUCCUUGUUCCGUUUUUUCUCUUUUUAUUUAAGGAGUAUUUUAGCAUUGUAAGAGAGAGGCUAUCUAUCUAUCUAUCUAUCUAUCUAUCUAUCUAUCUAUUAUUAUUAUUAUUAUUAUUAUUAUUAUUAUUAUUAUUAUUAUUAUUGUGUAUCGUUUCGAUUUUUAAACAAAAAGUCUCUCUCUCUCUUUCUCCCUCUCUCUCCCUCUCUCUCUCUCUCUCUCUCUCUCUCUCUCUCUCUCUUUCUUUCUACCAUGUGGCUACAUGGCCUGAAGAUGGCUUUCAAUCAUGA